AUGGAGAAGUUAUCCGCCAGCGUUUCCGACCUCGCCUGGAGCUCCGUGUCGUUGCCCCUGGACCUGGUCGUCAGCAAAUUUCGACUACCGACACUUGUACGACUGAGUCAAGGCGAUCAUGUAGAGGGUUUGUCAGAGGAGGAUGUGGUAUUGUUACACUCCUGUCGUCAGUGGACCACUGUCACAGCACACAGUCUGGAGGAGGGACAUUAUGUCAUUGGACCUAAGAUAGACAUUCCUCUACAGUACCAAGGGAAGUUUAAGUUGUUGGAUCAGGAUCGUGAUGUACGGGAGCCAGUUCAAUAUUUUGCAAGCGUAGAGGAAAUCGCUGGAAUUUUCCCCGACCGUGUCUUCGUCAUGGAGCCAAUCACCUUCAGUGUCAAGGUGGUGUCAGGGGAGUUCAGUGAGGAUAGUGAGUUGUAUGACUUCUCUCUGCAAACAGGUGAUGAGCUGACCCUGAUGGGUCAGGCAGAGCUGCUGUGUGUCCAGACACCAUCUUCACGUGCCAACAAUGACAACAACAAAUCACGACUGGGCGCCUUGUUACGCCGACUGGGCAAAGCCGGCAGCGCUCUGGGUCGUCCCGCCCGAACCAAAAUGCCCUGUCUGAUCUGCAUGAACCACCGAACCAACGAGAGCGUGAGUCUACCGUUCCAAUGCCGUGGACGCUUCUGUACUCGUUCCCCAGCGGAGCUGAGGAUGCUGGAGGGAGAGCACACGGUCCGCAGCAUCAUUGAACGCGUGCGUCUGCCAGUUAAUGUCUCCGUGCCCUCGCGACCUCCACGUAACCCCUACGACCUCCACGCCAUUCGUGAAGGUCAACGUUACAAACUUCUGAGCAUCAUUAGCAAGACAGUUGUUCUGUGCUGCAUUCUCAGGAAAGAGCAGGUCACGCCCUCCCACUUCCUGCUCUUGACAGACAUGCCGAGGUUCACGCUGCCUGAGGGACUGCUCCGCCCAGACUCCACCUACCAGCAGGUGGUACUACAAAUCGCGCUGCGUUGCCAGGAGACCUUUGACCCUGAUGACUACUCCCGCGCUGUCCGAGAGGUCAAGACAGAUUUCUCAGAGGAGUGUGUGACUCCGCGCAGGAUCCGCGUGUGUGUGCAGGGAUUGGGACGAGAUGAAUUUGGACACACGCAGCUUCAGAGGCUGUCGUUGUGUGUGUAUGGAGGAGGAGGAACUCUUACACACACACACACACUCACACAAGGUGGAAACAGAGACUCGUUGGGAGACACACAAACACACACGCUCCCCAGCGAAGGGGAGGGAGAGGAACGGGAGUACGUCACACCUGAUUGGACAAAUGAAACACAGGAAAUUCCUUAUGAGGAGCUGUGGACCAAUCAGAGUGCUGGAAGUUAUGGUGAGGUACCUGAAAGCGGAGUUAAGACAGAGCAUAACCUCAUUUCUUUUCACUCUACAUCCUCAUUGGAUGGCUCGGUGAGCCACAGCCACGUUUCCAUGGAAGCUGGUAAAGUGGCUACUCCACCUCCAGUACCUCCCAAAUCAGAAGCUGUGAGGGAGGAGUGUCGAUUUCUUAAUGCUCCUCCUGUUCCUCCUCGAUGUGCUAAAGGAGGAGGCUCUGCCCCCAGCCCACCAGUCCCGCCCCGUUUCCCAAAGCUGCCGCCAACACACACACCCAGCCCAAACCUGUCCUAUUACUCCUCUGGUCUACAGGACAGUUCUGCUCCACGUAGUAGCAGUAGCUCUCCUUCUCCAGACUCGUACUCUCUCUACUGUUACCCCUGCACGUGGGCUGACUGCGUGACCUCUGAACCUGGGGUCACCCCAGACUCCGCCCCUCCUGCCCAGGCCUGUUGGUCCCAUUCACGAGCAAGUGCUGUUUACACCUCCACCACACCGACUGUGCCCCUCCUUGCCACUGACUCCACCCACAAAAACUAUUCCACCUGUCCAAGGCCACGCCCACUGGCCCAGAAACGCUUUGCUCCAUUUGGCGCUCUCAACCCUUUCUCCAACCCUGGACACGUCCACAGCACAACCGACUGGCUGCCCACCACUGGGCGGAGCUCCCCCUCCCUGACCACCACUGACCUCUCCAGCUCUUCCUCCUUGCAAGAGCCAGCCAAUCAGGAAAGCUCAGAGGCGGACACCAUUGCUGUAAACCCCUCCCCUGGCUCCAUUGCCACGGUGAGAGGAGCAGAGGGUGGGGCAGGGUCGUCAUGGCGACCUCCUGCGGAGCUGUGUUCUCUGUCAGUGGAGGAGGUGUCCGCCUGUUUGCGCUUUAUCGGUUUGCCAGAUGACGUGGUGGGUUUGUUCAGCAGAGAGCGGAUCGACGGGUCCAUUUUCACACAGCUCACUGAGGAGAUUCUGUCUGAGGACUUUAAUCUCACCAAACUCCAGGUCAAAAAGAUCAUGCAGUUCAUCAAAGGAUGGAGACCGAAAAUAUGA